CUUUAGUAUACUUUAGUAUACUAUGGGUUCUCUACCUUUUCUGUAACAAGAAGGAUACCUAUAUGAUUCUUUGUUUAUUUCAGAUAGGGGUGAUGUUGUUGAUGAUGUUGAUGAUGAUGAUGAUGAUGAUGAUGAUGAUGAUGAUGAAAUGUUUGCGGCUUUUACAAUGCCCACGGACUCUCAAUGGGCUGAAUAUAACAGUGGUCAUGGUGAAUCCACAUUACAAAGGGCACAAGAAAACAAAUUAGAAGAAUGGUGGAAUGGGCAGAUGCAUGCCAAAUUCCCAGGAUGCAGUGCUUCACAUCAUGGUCAAAGGGGUGGGAACCAGCAAGCAAGCAUAUCACAUGCGCCUGUGGAGGAGCAGCUGCCAGAAAUGGUGCAGCAGAUUGCAACAGCACAGGGGACUGAAGAAAUGGAAAUGCAAGAUAGAGACAGUGAACAUGGAUCUGCAGAAGGACCAUGUCCAACAGGAACACAAAGCAUUGGUCAGAAUAUUGAACUACAGGAAGCAUCCCCAUGCAAUGCCAGGGCUGUACAAGAACAGGAAAUUGAACCCCGGCCAUCCACAUCUCGCGGCAUACAAGAGCCUGUAUGUAAAAAGUCUAAAAGGGGGCCUGAGGAGCAGCAUCCAACAUCUGCAUACAGUGACAUCUCCAGUGAAGAGGGUGAUAUGUCAGAAACACAAUCAGCAGAGGAAUGGGGCUCUUUGGAAGGUUCUGAACCGCUAAGUACACCUGAAGCACCGCCCGUGUACCUGGAGAGAGUUCAAUCAUGGCAGAGACCCCUGCAACAUUACAGAGCAAUAGAGUACUAUGAACGUUAUAGAUUUGUAAAUAUGGAGCAUGUUCAAUCAUUUACGCUUGCUAUAGAUGUUAUUCAUAAUGAGAUACAGAAUCUUUUGAACCGUAUUUCCAGGGAUAUAAGUCCAAAUGAUUUUGUACAAUUGCGGCUGGAUGCUGAGGAAUUAAGUAGGCCCCUCUUUAGUGUUAGAAGGCAUCUUGAAGAGUUAGAUGCUGAUGAGUUCCUUAGUUAUGUAGAGAGUUUAUUACAAAGCAAUGUGGAGAUCUUAUGGAGGAACUCUUUGGAAUUAACAGUCACGAUUGUGAAGAACCAUGAGGGGGGCGGUCUUAGGAAAUUAGGAACUGUUCUAUUCAGUAAGAUUUUAGAGAAGAAAAGACAACACCUGAUUGAUUUCAAUGUGGAGGGGGUUUUUCUGUGUUUUGCAGGCAGCCUGCUAUCAUUGUUAGAUAACGAAAUGUCUAGUAAACAAGAAAUUAUUACCAGAGCCACAGACCUCCACAACACACUUGGGAUAUCUACAUCUCACAGAAUUGAUUUUUCACAGAUACACUUAUUUGAAGACCACUUUGGUAUAACUAUAAAGAUUGUGUUUUAUCACGAAGGGGGUUGGAGAUUUUUUGUAACUGGAGGGACCCUAGAAGUAAGAGUAGUGUUUAUGCUGUUACACGACAGUCAUUACUAUGGGAUAAAAAACAUCAAAGGCUUCAUGGGGGUACGUUACUUCUGCAUAUUGUGCCAUACAGCGUAUCAUCACAAAUUUAGACAUGAUUGUCAAUAUUUUUGUCGAGCUUGCACGGGUUCAGAAUGCCGCGAAGUGGCUGGGGGAAGGGUGAGGUGCCGUAUAUGUAAACUGCUUUGUCGCUCUAAUGCCUGUCUUGAAAGACACGAGCAGCUAGCUGUGGAAGGAAAAAUUGGUUGUGAGGAUAAUGUGUUUUGUUCCAAGUGUGGUAUCUAUGUGCCGGCACCACAUGUCGAAUGUAAGAAAACAAAGUGUGGACAGUGUGGUGCCAAAGUAGACAGCCUGACAGGUCACUUAUGUUAUCUGAAAAGGCUUUUUAAGCCAGUUGUAGGUUACAUGUACAUUGUGUAUGAUUUUGAAUGUUGUCAAGAAACUGGGGCUCACAUACCGAACUAUGUCUAUGCCAUGGACAUGCUGGAUGAUGGUGAUGUUAGGAAGUGGGAAUGGUACGGUGAUAAGUGUCUGGAGGAAUUUGUGAAAACUUUUGUACAGCCUAAGUUUAAAGGGGUCACAUUCAUAGCUCACAACUCCAAGAGUUAUGAUGGAUACCUAGUCCUCAGGCAGCUCAUUCGUGAAAAGGUAAAGGUACAACUCUUAACUCAGGGUGGUAAGCUGCUAUGCAUAACCCUACCACACUUUCAUAUACGUUUUAUCGAUAGCCUUUCUUUUUUACCCAUGAAAUUGAGUAAAUUACCCAAAGCUAUGGGCUUUCAAGGCUCCAAGGGUUAUUUCCCUCAUUUGUUCAAUACUGCAGAGAAUCAAGAUUAUGUGGGGACGUUGCCGGAUAUCAAAUAUUAUAGCCCUGACACCAUGAUGCCUGGGGAAAAAGAGGAAUUUGAGAAAUGGCAUGCUGCUAAUAAAGGUACAACAUUUAACCUCAAAAAAGAUCUUGCUUACUACUGCAAACAAGAUGUUAAGAUACUGAGAGAUGCUUGUAACAGGUUUAGGGAGCAAGUGAUGGAAAUGACAAAAAGGGAGUUUUUCACAGGCCGUGGUGGCGAUAUUCUUGAAGAGUCCGAAAUUCGUUGCAUUGAUCCUUUUCAAUAUGUAACAUUAGCAUCUAUUUGUAUGGCGCAGUACCGUUUCAUGUUUUUGAAGAAGGAUAACGUAGCAUUAGCACCUCUGGACAAUUACCAGAAGAGCAAGAAAAGCUAUUCUGCAUGCUCUGUACAAUGGCUGAUGUAUAUAGAGCAUACCGAGGGUAUAAACAUCCAACACGCUCUGCAAGGCGGAGAAAAGCAAGUAGGUGUUUACUUUUUGGAUGGGUUUGCUGUCAUAAACGGGUCCCCCACCGCUUUUGAAUUUUAUGGUUGUUUUUUUCACGGAUGCCCUAUAUGCUACAAGGCUCAAGACUUCAACAAUCUGCUUGAUUCAACCUACGGCCUGUUGUACUCACGCACUAGGGCGAGAGAAGAAUACCUGAAGAGCCUGGGGUAUGUAGUACGCAUCAUCUGGGAACACGAGUGGAAUGAUAUGUUGAAGAACAAUGAGGGAUUGAAACAUUUUCUAGUAGAUAGUAAUUUUCCAACACCCUUGAACCCCAGAGAUGCUUUUUUUGGGGGCCGAACAAAUGCUACAUGUCUGUACUAUAAACCAAAACAGGGGGAGCAAAUCUUAUAUUAUGAUUUUACAAGUUUAUAUCCCUUUGUGAACAAGAACAAGCUGUACCCGACAGGGCACCCAGAAAUAAUAUACCAAAACUUUGGGGAUAUAAAACAGUAUUUUGGAUUUGCUAAAGUUAAAGUGUACACACCAAGGGGUCUCUACUUUCCAGUGCUGCCAUAUAAGUCUGGUGGCAAAUUAAUGUUUAGUCUGUGUGCAACUUGUACAGAAAAACAACAAGUCACAGAGUGUCUCCACAAUGAUGAAGAAAGAGCCCUAACUGGAACGUGGUGUACUGUAGAAUUGAAUGUCGCUGUGGAGAAAGGUUACAGAAUUGCAGAGAUCUAUGAAGUUUGGCAUUUUGAAAGGAAGUCAAAAACCUUGUUUUCUGGUUAUAUUAACAUGCAUCUCCGUCAAAAACAGGAGGCUAGCGGCUACCCCGUCUGGUGCAAAACAGAGGAAGAUAAAGAGCGUUACGUUCGGGAUUAUGAAAAGAACGAAGGGGUCCGUUUACGCAAGGAGCGCAUUGAAGUCAAUCCUGCUAAAAGACAGAUUGCUAAACUGUUUUUAAACUCCUUGUGGGGUAAAUUUGGCCAGAGUACCACUCAACUGACUACAUCGGUGGUGACAGAACCUGAGGAAUUAUUUAAGUAUCUUUUUGUCCCCCAUUACGAAGUGUCCUCUUGCGAAUUUGUGGAUGAUGAAACAGCCAUUGUAACAUGGAAAACAGCCAAAAAACAUCCUACUAAGUCAACGUGUACAAACUUGUUCAUUGCUUGUUUUACAACUGCUUAUGCACGGCUAGAAUUAUACAGGUUAUUGGAUCGUUUGGGGGACAGAUGUCUCUAUCACGAUACUGAUUCUGUCAUUUUUAUUAGCCGAGAGGGGGCGUGGUCACCGGCAUUAGGUGAUUAUUUAGGGCAGCUGACAAGCGAGAUUCCUCCAAACACCUCCAUCACCGAGUUUGUGGCGGUUGGUCCAAAAACCUAUGGUUAUGCUUUGUCAAAUGGUUCUACUGUGUUAAAGGUGAAGGGUAUAACGUUAAACAGUUCCAACUGUGUUAAGGUUAACUUUGAAAGUCUGAAAGAUCUGAUUGAUGAAUAUUGCCAAUCAGAAGGUGAGGAAAAGAAAGAGAUCAAGAUCCAGCAGCCGGGAAUUGUUAGGAUUAAGAAACAGUGGGCUCUGGAAACCCGGGUACUCAGAAAAACUCUAAAAGUUGUCUAUAAUAAAAGGGUGCUCAAAACAGAGGAUUAUUGUACGUUACCUUACGGUUAUUAAUUAUGAUGAAAAACAGGGCAUCGUUUGUACAUCCUUUCUCAUGUAUUAUAAGCGGUCCUUCCAAUUCGGGAAAAUCUUAUUUUAUAAAACAAAUGUUAGAACACGGUGAGCAUGUAUUAUCUGAAAUGCCUCAAAACGUUAUAUGGUUUUAUAGCUGUUGGCAACCUCUGUACAAUGAAUUACUUAAUAAAUUUCCUAAUAUUAAGUUUA